AUGUCGCUCACGGAUAAAGCUCCGUUUGUAAUGAUGGAAACGAGCAUGGGAAAGAUUUGUUUGGAACUGUACUGGGAUCAUGCACCAAAGGCUUGCCGGAACUUUAGUGAACUAGCUCGGCGAGGAUACUAUAACGGGACCAUAUUCCAUAGAAUUAUAGCUGAUUUCAUGAUACAGGGAGGCGAUCCAACAGGAACAGGGAGGGGUGGAGCAUCCAUAUAUGGUGACCGUUUUGCCGACGAAAUCUCAGACAAGCUCAAGCACACUGGUGCUGGGGUUCUGUCAAUGGCUAACGCAGGCCCGAAUACGAACGGAUCUCAGUUCUUCAUUACACUUGCCCCUACCCAACAUCUAGAUGGCAAGCACACGAUCUUUGGCCGAGUUGCAGCAGGGAUGAAGGUUGUGCAGAAUAUGGGAAAAGUUGAUACGGAUAAUCAAGACCGCCCCCGGGCAGAAGUUCGGAUAAUAAAGGCAUAUCCGAGCGACGAUUCUCGGCUAAACUGA